AUGUGUGCUGACUGUGAGACAGGAAUGACUCUAAACCUCCAAAUGUACUGUGGUAAGUGUGGUGGUAAGGAGAACAAUCAGGGCUUUAGAGUGGUCAGGGACAUGGUGCUACCCAUGUUAAGCCGUGGUAACAAGUUUACCGUUGUGUGUGACAACUUCUUCUGUAUGUUAAGGUUGUCACACUACCUUGCUUCGUGUAGAUUAAUAGGAAAGAACUUUUUGAUGAAGCAAAGACCAUCAAAUGGAGAACUCCCGAUACCACCAUCUUUUUCUCGAAAGGAAAGUGUAAACAUAUCACUUACUACAACAAAAAAAGAAGCUUGUUUUGGUCUUGUCAACCUGCCACGAAAAGAAUGA